GGGGGCCGGGAGCCGGAAGUUAUGGAGGUAUUAAUAGAGGAUCCUAUUAGCACAUGUCUUUCUCCCUCAGUGUAUGAUAUGAUGUGUAAACUCGGGUUUGAAGUCAGAGAACACUGUGAUAUCAAUAGUAUUGUAACUCAGAAUGGUGAAGUGUGCUGGCAGACAAUUACAGACUGUGUGGUUUAUAGAGAGUCAGCCCAGGAUCUGGAUUAUUGGGGAAGCGUAAGGCUGCUGGGCCCUGUGUGUGAGGCCGUCCACUCACAUUUGUUAUCUUUGACCAAGGGGCAGUUUGAAAUUCGAUAUGCACCAUGGCUCCAGUGGACAAGUUUUCCAGAGUUAUUUCCUGAAAUAUUUGAUGCUUUGGAAAGUCUUCAAUCUCCCGCUAUUUCUCUCGGCUUAAUGAAGCUGACAUCGUGUCUGGAACGAACCUUGGGAGAUGUAUUUUUACUGAUUGGGAAGGAAUGUCCCUUUCUUUUAAGAGAUUUGCUUGCGUCUGAGGAACUUGCUCAAGUCUUUGGGCAGUCUGUGAUGAACAUACUGAAAGUCUUCGUUGGCUCUCCGUGUGGGCUCAACCUGCGGAACGUCUUAUGGCACGGGUUUGCGUCACCUCAAGAAGUUCCUCCGAAAUACUGUUCAAUGAUGAUAUUGUUGACGGCAGGAUUGGGUCAACUACUGAAGACUUACCUUCAACAAACUAAGCUUACAUUGGCACAUCGACCUUUCAUAACUUUUACAAACUUAGAGGAUUUGAUUGUUUUCCCUGAUGUUCCUCGUGAGGUACUUUCAGUAUUAGAAGAAGUGAUGAAGAAAUCCACUUUUGUAUUAAAAAUCAUGUUGCCAUAUUGGGAAGUUGCAUUAAUCAAGUUCAAGUCACAGAGGUUUGCUGACUGUGCCAUAUUGUUACUGACACAACUAGAAAAUGGACUUAGGAAAGUUUUUGCCACAGUUAACAAAUGUCCAAAAAGACUUCUGACUGCCGAGUCGACAGCUCUUUAUACCACCCUUGAUGAAAUAUUGGCAAAACACUUGAAUGACGGCAAAAUCAAUCAACUUCCUCUUUUCCUGGGAGAACCUGCGAUGGAAUUUCUCUGGGAUUUCCUGAACCAUCAGGAGGGUCCUCGUAUAAGAGAUCAUUUAAGCCACGGGGAAAUCAACUUAGCUGGAUUUCCGAAAGAAAUAACAGAUCAACUGCUUGCAUUUUCUGUUGUACUUCUACUGAGAUUUGUUGAUGAAGAUCUAUUGUCAGUGUUUAAGGAGAAAGUAGCAAUAAAAUCACUGAUGAGUCUUGCAGAAGGCUACAGUGCUCGCUUUCAUCCAGUGUCUUGGCUUAAAAAACAGGUGCUGAGCUGUGAGAAGAGCAUCAGGGUUUGGCCCUGGCUGCCUUUGCCCGAAGAAGCCAAAAGGGAAGCAGCCAGAUCAGAAGGUAAUUCUGAAACAAAUGCCUGCAACUCUUUACUUACAAAAAUCACCUGUGAGCUGUAUCACCACAUGCCUGAGGAUCACUGUGUUGUUAGUGACUUGGAUGAUCUCCCUGCUGAGAAGUAAGUUUCAGGACUUCCUGAGAAUUGGUGGCCCCAGGUGCUCCGUGAACUCUGCAGCAUCCCCAUCCCAACCCUAUUCUGUCCUCGAACUGUGUUAGAGGUGCUCGCUGUGCUCCGGAACAUCAGCAUGUGCUGCACCCACGUGUCUGGCCAGGUGGUGGCCACCUUGGAGCUGAGACGCCAGCAGUGGGUGGAGAAGAGGCUUCGCUCCCGGCAGAGGAGGAACUUUCUGCGCAUGUUAAGCAGUAUUAAGCUUCUGUCUCCUAUGCUUUACCUGAUUUUAUUGCUGAUUGCACUGGAAUUUGUCAAUAUUCAUGAGGUUCAAGGAAAAAAUACUUAUGAAUAUCAGCAGUAUCUAAAGUUCUUAAAGUCGGUCUUGCAGUACACUGAGAACCUGGUGGCUUACACCAGCCCAGAGAGGAACAAGUGGGAUGAAGCUGUCAGUCUUACACACUCGGCUCUGCUGAAAAUUUGGACUUUCAGUGAGAAGAAACAAAUGUUAAUACAUUUAGCCAAGAAAUCCACAAGCAAAGUAGUCUUAUGAAAACGCCUGUAAGUUAGGAUGCUUUUUGUUACAUCAGAAGAUCCAACUUGGAUAGACUUGAACAGCAAGUAAAUUGAAAAUCCAAAAGUGGGGUGGAUUCCAGGGCCUGUUUAAUCAAGAUUCAAGAUCUGUUUCUCUGCAGAUUUCUGAUUUGCUCUUCCUGAGUUGUUGGUGUGAAGCUCAGGCCUGAUUCCCUUGUGGUAACCAAAUGACUACAGCAGUUUUGGUUUCCUCUCCUCGUAACAUACUGUCCAGAGGAGAGAGAGCUUCUUUUCACUCACCUGUUACCCAGAAAUGGGUAGCUUCACUCUUACUAGCCAUAUGCAUACUCCUGAAAUGAUCGCUGUGGCCAGGACCCUGCCCUGCACUCACUGGUCAGGCUGCUGGACGUCCACUCCUGGACCAGCUAUUGGGGCGCAGAGGGAGGGCUUGGCCGGUCAUGCCUCAUCCCUGGAGCUGAGAAUAAGGUUGACAAUCCACAUCUCGUGGGAGAGAACUGGGGAUGAGCAGCUCCUGGAAGGUGUGGUGGGGUAGAUCAUGGAGGCCGGGCAGCAAGUCUCCCCGUCAGCGUGGGCUGGGAAAGCAGAAGCCCUCGCAUGUAUCCAGGUAUGGCGGGUUUAGUACAGGAGCUGGAAGAGCUGGAGCAGUGAAGGGCAGGGAUGCAGCCACAGCAGUUCAACUUGAAGAACCAAAGCGAUUCUCAGGAGUUCCCUGGGCACCCACUGCAGUUCUCCAGAAUGUCUGGGAACCUCCCACUGUCUUAGUUGGCAGCAGCAAAGCCAGUGGUUCUCAGGAAACCCUUACAAGGGUUUGUCUUGAAUCCCAGGUCUGCAUAUGCAUUGGGCUGUGCCCACCCUCAGUGAAUCAUGGCCUGUCUUGAUCCUCCACCUUCCAGACCUCACUGGCAGAAUAGCCUACAGCCCUGCAAGGAAGGACAUCCUGCCUCAUGUGUGUCUGGCUUCUCUGCUGUCAGAGAUCAGUGUAGAGGAGACCUUAAGAAGGGUUGUUGCUGUGUGGCAACAGACAUUCCAGCACACACCAUGUAUCCCUUUGCCAACUUAACACCUGCCCCCCCCCGAAACUAAACUACUGAGUAAAGACGGUAGAAACAU